AUGCCCGAAGAUAUCUGCCUCUCCGAGCGGCGCUUGGACGACAUCUACGUGCAAGCUUUCGAGACGUGGACCAAGCUGCACAGUACCGUCGACAAGGAUCUCGCUGUAUUACCUUCAUUUGCACUUCGGCACGCAUUUCCGGACCAGCCAUCCUUUCCACGAGACUUGCGAUUGCAUUGCAAGCAGGUCGCGGAUGAGAACCGAGUCUGCGCCCGUGGAGAAUCAACAUGGACGGCGGCAUCAGUCUCUUGCAGGUACGGAUUGCCGUCAUUCAAUCUGCCCGCCGAGAUCGAGGUGGCAGCAAAGCAGGUGACCACUGUGACCGUAGGAGCUGCGGAGGGCGACUACUUUGGCGACUGGUUCCACGGCGAGCAGAACUUCGUCGCUGUCCUUGCCCUGGCCUGGGCGUACAUCCUUUCCGCUCGGUGGGCCGAGACCAUGCCGGGAUGCUGCCUGAUCGCCUACACCGGAGAACCUAACAUCGCCCAAGAAGAGCACAGUCCAUCUGAGCGAAGCGUCGUGGACAUUGGCGAUGCGAGCGCCGAGGAGGCCCGCUGGUGGUCUUGUAUUUUGGAACAACACCAAGGUUGGAUCGCCACUAUGGACUUUGGCGAGGAGACGUUUCUGUCUCCCUGGUCAGUCCGGCAGGAAUCUUGUGUGGGACUAUGUUUGUCAGUGGACACACCGAGAACUCCGGUCCUGUGCCCAACCGCUCCUUGCUCUACGGAAGCGAGCCGAUAUCUGGCGAGGUUCUGUGCUCACCAUCGUAUCGGUACUCAGGUCUACGUUGCUUUAGCAGCUGUCUUGUUAUUCCCUUGCAUGGGCCGUGGCCGAAACAUGCGAUUGCCACUGUCCCUGGUGAGCAACUCGAACCUAGCAAUAACAUCGAGGCGGCUUGGCCGGGAGCGCGCGGCUUACUUUGAUGAUGACACGUUGGUGCAAGACGGCCACCUAGAUAGGCUCUUGACUCUCAGUUGCUAUACCAGAGGCAUCCGUCCUAUCCUUUUCAGCGUCUUCUACGAUCCGAGCGUGCAGUGCAAUGCGGUUGCCACAUGGCUGCAGGGGUCGCUGACUGCGAUUGACCGCCUCACCGGGCGAUCGUCCCUCGCCCUUGGGUGUUUACUCGCGCGUCGGUCCCCAAGAGUCUCUUUCCUAUGGCUAGGGGUCAUCGCUCUGGGGCUUGAGGACGACCUGCUCAUGGAAGUUCGACGAGGACAGCUACCCAUCGAUCUCCUCUCUGCUGCGUGGUCGGGCACGACGCAGACAUUCAUGCAGCUGCCAGCAUCUGGUCCGUACACCUACACCGUGCCGAGAGCCGACGAAUGCCGUCUUCUGUAUCUCUCUAGGUCAGACGAUCACACCCGGCUGCCCUUGGUGCAAUGGAAGCCCUUUGGCUCGACAGCGAUAGAAGAUACGGACAUCGAGGUGCGGAAACAUGUCACCUGUCGCAGCCAUAGGCUGGCCCUUGGGGCGUUCGAAUGGGCUACGGACCAAACGCACACUCAAGCGACUACGACACCUCACAGGCUCUCCUCUGGAUUGACAUGGCUGGCCACACUCGAGCGCCAUGUGGUCGACCUACCGUUUGCGCACCGGUGGCUUCGACGAGGUGGCGAGAUUGCCACGACAACCGAAAAUGUAAAUCUGCUUGAGACACCAGACCGUGGGAACACGGCCCUGUCCGUGAACGACAUAGAGCAUGGCAAUAUGGCUAUAUCUGAAAACGCUACGAGAUGUAUCUUCUUAUGGUUGAGACCAGACGGCUGCAUAGGCCGUGAGAAGGACAUUCUUGGGCAUGAGUGGUUCGCUCUCUCGGACUCAGACUCAGACUCAGACUCAGAAGACGAGUUCACGGAGAGCGGGCAUUCUCCUGCGCCCUCUUCAUUCAUACAGAAAUGGAUAAGCCACACUGUCAAGGACUGA